AUGUCGCUUGCACAACUGGUUGUAACCGAGCAUUGUGUAUAUCGGGGAUGGCUUUAUAACGGGGAAUGUAGAGUAUGAUGGGAAUCAUUUAUAUGCUGAAGGGAUGUAUUGUGUAAUCGGCUGCUGUUAUAGGGAAGCGUUAUAGCGGGAAUGCUGGAGUGAGCGAGUAUGUUUUUUACGUCGCUUUUAGCAAAAUUCCAGCAAUAUCACAGCGGGGGACAGCAGAAAUGGGCUUCUCACAUUGUAACCAUGUGGGACUGGAACCCGAGAAUUUGGUGUGUGGGGCGGACGCUAUAACCACGAGGCUGCCACACCGCCCCGGGUAUGCUUAUACACAGAGCACGCAUAUAUGAUCAGUUACAAUGUCUUCAAAUGUCGCUUUAACAAAUACAGCACACUUUUAACAUAACUUAACUAUUAUUAUUGUUUAAUCCAUUUUCAGACACUGUUGUUAGAUUAAUGACUAACAAAUACCUGUAUCUAAGUCCGCAGUCACCAAAUAUAUUAAAUGUUGAAUUCUUAGACAAUAGAACAUAUAACACAUUGGGAAAGGGUCGGACAUAGAGAUAAGGGUGGACAUAGAGAAAGGGGUGGACAUAGAGAUAGGGGAUGACGUAGCUAAAGGGUGGACAUAGAGAAAGGGGUGGACGUAGAGAAAGGGGUGGACGUAGCUAAAGGGUGGACGUAGCUAAAGGGUGGACGUAGAGAAAGGGUCGGACAUAGAGAUAAGGGUGGAAAUAGAGAAAGGGGAUGACGUAGCUAAAGGGUGGACAUAGAGAAAGGGGUGGACGUAGCUAAAGGGUGGACGUAGCUAAAGGGUGGACGUAGCUUAAGGGUGGACAUAGAGAAAGGAGUGGACGUAGCUAAAGGGUUGACAUAGAGAAAGGGGUGGACGUAGCUAAAGGGUGGACAUAGAGAAAGGGGUGGACGUAGCUAAAGGGUGGACAUAGAGAAAUGGGGUGGACGUAGCUAAAGGGUGGACACUGAGAAAGGGUUGGACGUAGCUAAAGGGUGGACACUGAGAAAGGGGUGGACGUAGCUAAAGGGUGGACAUAGAGAAAGGGGUGGACGUAGCUAAAGGAUGGACACUGAGAAAGGGGUUGACGUAGCUAAAGGGUGGACAUAGAGAAGGGUGUGGACGUAGCUAAAGGGUGGACAUAGAGAAAGGGGUGGACGUAGCUCAAGGGUGGACACUGAGAAAGGGGUGGACGUAGCUAAAGGGUGGACAUAGAGAAAGGGGUGGACGUAGCUAAAGGGUGGACAUAGAGAAAGGGGUGGACGUAGCUAAAGGGUGGACAUAGAGAAAGGGGUUGGCAUAGCUAUAUACAUGGACUCAGGAAAUCAGCUUAGGCAGAAUGAAGGGGUUUUGACAUUUAGUUCAUAACUUACAUUGAUGACUAAGCGUUGUUUACAUGUCAGGGUUAACGCUGGUUAUUGUAGACAUGUGUUAUUACAUAUUGUGGAUAACAUAUGUAAAAUCUCCUUGACGAAACGAUGUGUGUUUUACUGUCGUUACAGGUAUGCGUGAAGCCCAUUUCUGGUGUCACCGUCGUGAUAUUGCUGGAAUAUUGCUAAAAGCGGCGUAAAACCACACUCACUCACUCCAUGACGAACACGUGCACUGUCUGUGUCUAUAGGUGCAUGGCUACACGCGUACAUGAUGACAACACAUACACUCUUUCAGGGUCUCCCACAGGCAGCAACAUCAAUGGCAACAACGUUAACAGCGACAACAGUGGCAACGACUUCGGUCACAAUGGCGACACCGACGGUGCCAACUAUGCUAGAAUCAGGCGGCAAGUAACAGAAGGCGGGAGCAGAGACACCGUCAAAGGACAGCAGUUACGGCAACGGCAACACCAACAACACCAACAGCGGCAGCAAGAGCGAAUGGCGGAAAACGUGAGAGCGGCAACAGCAACAGCGGCAACGGCAACAGCCUAACCAGGAGCUGCUGUGUGUAUUGGAUGAAGCGCAGAGGACUUCGAGCAGGGGAAGGAUCCGCAAGCCGGCGGGUUUUGUGCAGAUGACGCUGGGAGGAAGGAUGUCGAGCGUUGUCACGAAGGAUCAGGCUUAAGUCAUUCGGAAAAGGCGGAGAUAGAUUUCGAGCCUCGGUUGUCACAACCACAGCCUCAGCCUCAGCCUCAGCCUCCAGCUGUCAUUGAUCUCAGUCAACAGCCGAGCAGUCAAUGAGCAAGUUCUCCUCCACCGUCGGCGACCACGUUCAUCUGGUGUUAUCUCCCAGAUGCGGUGUGAUGACAAGCUACCUUCUCCAACACCUAUGCCAAUUACACUGCUUCAUGUGCAGGAAUUGGCACCCUCUGAUACAUUCGAUAUCCAUGUAUCUUAUCACUGAAUCAUACAAAUCAUUUCAAUCCACCAAGAUCCAAAGAUGACAACUUAACAGGCACCCUUGCCGCAGCUGUACACCACGCCCGUCUACCACGCCCGUCUACCACGCCCACCUACAACAACCGUCUACCACACCCGUCUUCCACACCCGUCUACAAAAGCCCAUCUUCCACACCCGUCUACCACGCCCGUCUACCACGCCCGCCUACAACACCCGUCUACCACGCCCGCCUACAACAACCGUCUACCACGCCCGUCUACCACACCCGUCUACCACGCCCGCCUACAACACCCGUCUUCCACGCCCGUCUACCACACCCGUCUACCACGCCUGCCUACAACACCCGCCUACAACACCCGUCUUCCACGCCCGUCUACCACGCCCGCCUACAACACUCGUCUACCACGCCCGCCUACAACACCCGCCUACAACACCCGCCUACAACACCCGUCUACCACGCCCGCCUACAACACCCGUCUACCACGCCCGCCUACAACACCCGUCUACCACGCCCGCCUAAACAGCACCCGUCUACCACGCCCGCCUACAACACCCGUCUCCCACUCCUGCUAUUGUCUAUGGUGUGGCCGUUGCCACCCACCUCAAUCGCCACCCACCUCAGUUGCCAUCCGCCUCAGAUGCCACCCACCUCAGUUGCCACCCGCCUCAGAUGCCACCCACCUCAGAUGCCACCCGCCUCAGAUGCCACCCGCCUCAGAUGCCACCAAUCUCAGAUGCCACCCACCUCAGAUGCCACCCAUCUCAGAUGCCACCCGCCUCAGAUGCCAUCCGCCUCCGAUGACCCCCAUCUCAGAUGCCACCCGCCUCAGAUGCCACCAAUCUCAGAUGCCACCCGCCUCAGAUGCCACCCACCUCAGAUGCCACCCGCCUCAGUCGCCAUCCGCCUCAGAUGCCACCUACCUCAGAUGCCACCCGCCUCAGAUGCCACCCGCCUCAGAUGCCCCCCAUCACAGAUGCCACCCGCCUCAGAUGCCACCCGCCUCAGAUGCCACCCGCCUCAGAUGCCCCCCAUCUCAGAUGCCACCCGCCUCAGAUGCCACCCGCCUCAGUUGUCACCCAUCUCAGAUGCCACCCGCCUCAGAUGCCACCCGCCUCAGAUGCCACCCAUCUCAGAUGCUUCCCGCCUCAGUUGCCACCCGCCUCAGUUGCCACCCGCCUCAGUUGCCAGCCAUCUCAGAUGCCACCCGCCUCAGUUGCCACCCACCUCAGUUGCCACCCACCUCAGAUGCCACUCGCCUCAGAUGCCACCCACCUCAGAUGCCAACCGCCUCAGAUGCCACCCGCAUCAGUUGCCACCCGCCUCAGAUGCCACCCGCCUCAGAUGCCACCCAUCUCAGAUUUGCGCCUCAGUUGCCAGCCAUCUCAUUUGUCACCCGCCUCAGUUGCCACCCGCCUCAGUUGCCACCCACCUCAGAUGCCACCCGCCUCAGUUGCCAGCCAUCUCAGUUGUCACCCGCCUCAGUUGCCACCCAUCUCAGUUGCCACCCGCCUCAGUUGUCACCCGCCUCGGAUGCCACCAACCUCAGUUGUCACCCGCCUCAGUUGCCACCCGCCUCAGCUGCCACCCACCUCAGAUGCCACCCGCCUCAGUUGCCAGCAACCCCAGUUGCCAGCAACCUCAGCCGCCACCCGCCUCAGAUGCCACCCAUCUCAGAUGCUUCCCGCCUCAGUUGCCAGCCAUCUCAUUUGUCACCCGCCUCUGUUGUCACAUGCCUCAGUUGUCACCCGCCUCAGUUGUCACCCGCCUCAGUUGUCACCCGCCUCAGUUGCCACCCGCCUCAGUUGUAACCCGCCUCAGUUGUCACCCGCCUCAGUUGCCACCCGCCUCAGCUGUCACCCGCCUCAGUUGCCACCCGCCUCAGUUGUCACCCGCCUCAGUUGUCACCCGCCUCAGUUGCCACCCGCCUCAGUUGUCACCCGCCUCAGUUGUCACCCGCCUCAGUUGUCACCCGCCUCAGUUGCCACCCGCCUCAGUUGUCACCCGCCUCAUUUGUCACCCGCCUCAGUUGCCACCCGCCUCAGUUGCCGGCAACCCCAGUUGCCACCUACCUCAGUUGCCACCCUUCUCAGUUGCCACCUACCUCAUUUGUCACCCGCCUCAGAUGCCACCCGCCUCAGUUGCCACCCGCCUCAGUUGCCAGCCAUCUCAUUUGUCGCCCGCCUCAGUUGCCACCCGCCUCAGUUGCCACCAACCCCAGUUGCCACCCAUCUCAGAUGCCAUCCGCCUCAGAUGCCAGCCAUCUCAGUUGUCACCCGCCUCAGUUGUCACCCGCCUCAGUUGCCACCCAUCUCAGUUGCCACCCGCCUCAGUUGUCACCCGCCUCGGAUGCCACCAACCUCAGUUGCCACCCGCCUCAGUUGCCACCCGCCUCAGUUGCAACCCGCUUCAGUUGCCACCCGCCUCAGUUGCCACCCGCCUCAGUUGUCACCCGCCUCAGUUGCCACCCGCCUCAGUUGUCACCCGCCUCAGUUGCCACCCGCCUCAGUUGCCACCCGCCUCAGUUGCCACCCACCUCAGUUGCCACCCACCUCAGUUGCCACCCGCCUCUGUUGCCACCCACCUCAGUUGCCACCCACCUCAGUUGCCACCCGUCUCAGUUGCCACCUGCCACCCGCCUCAGUUGCCACCCGCCUCAGAUGCCACCCAUCUCAGCAGCUCAAAGUGUGAACAGCGAAUAGUCUUGUGAAGCUCAAACAUAUGGUCAAAUGUGUGUGUGACGUCACCAACCUCCAACCCCAUCUAACAAUGUUAUGCAACGACGCUCUGGUUGGACAUGUCGAACGUGCUCUACUCGAGCAACAACCUUGCACUAUUCAGGGGACACAAGCCAGACAAUGGAAAUUAAUUUCGUGUCUAAAACCAUUGCAUUCACAAUGUUUUAUCAAUUAUAGUCCCAUGUUUCCACGUCCAUAAUCCACACAAUGUUGCUGCAAUAUUGAUUCAGUGUUGUAAGACUAACUGACUGAACAUCUCAUGCUGUCCCUAACAGGCGUGCAAGUCCUAUUAGUCAACUUAUCAUAAUUUAUCAUCCAAAACUGGCUCCCACAGGAGAUAUUGCUACACUGUAGAUAUCGCUGCAAUGAAAUUACAUCACAAUGCUUUGCAGACCAUUGUGACAUCACUGGUUACCAUGACGUCAC